ACCAUGUUUGUUCUGGGUCUGAUCACCUGUGUUGUGCUGAGAGCAUUCAGUGCUCAGGCAAAAGUGGUCCAUAGCUUUAAUGAGUGUGAUGAGUUUUUCUACCUAGGCACAAAACCAAGAGGAAUGGACCAGAAUGCCAAGAAAAUCUGUCAGAAGCUGGAAAAUAGAGGUUUUUAUUAUGCUACUCUGUACUCAGUUCAUCACAAGAUCCCUCUCUACAGCGCCUACACAUUGGACCCUAGAUGUCCAAGCGACACUGAAAGGAAAGACAUCUGGCAGCUCGAGCCACAGAUUUCCCAUCCUCGAUCCCAAACUGAUCAUAUGGUCCGUGAGGAUCAAAUUACUCAAAACCUUUAUAAAGAAAAUCAAGCCAUCAGCAGUUACUACAGUGGCACGGGAUAUGAUCGUGGACACCUGAACCCCAGCUGCUUCCAAUGCGGAGACGGCCGUAAAGCGACAUUCACACUGACCAACGCUGCACCUAUGACAGUGCGUUUCAACCGUAAACACUGGAGGAACUGGGAGAGGACGCUGAAGGGUUAUUUAAUAAAGAAGCUUCUCAGGGAUUUUGAGUCAACAACUUUCAUUGUCACAGGUACAGUACCUGAUCCUAAUGUAUGGAUACCACAGAGGGAAACCUUUAAAGACCCAGAAAGGGUGUCGGUGCCCUCUCACGUCUGGACGGCUGUCUGUUAUAAACGCUACCGUAAUGACAGUAAGUCCUUAUCCUUUGGCUUUAUUGGGAGAAACCAGCAGGAAGAGCCUGACAUACGCCUGAUGAGUGUCUCAGACCUGAAUGAUCAGCUCAGCAGGCUUGAGGUUCAGGGCAUGUUUCAGAAAUUAAUCUACCAGAGAACCAAGCUGGAAGUGCUUGUCCUAUAA